CGGAAUCAAUUCAUUCUUUUUUUUUUCAGGUGUUUCUCCAAUUUUUUCUAGGUCUUCGUCACCGAGCCCGGCCUCGAAUUACCCAGAUUGGAGGCAUGGAACCGGCGGCUUUCCAUUCAGUAUUUUUUCUUUCAGGUUUUCGUUCCAUUUUAUUUCAGACUUUCUUUUUCUCCCCAAAUUUUCUUUUCCAAUAUCGACUGUGAUUAAUAUAGAACAUUCGAAAAAAAUUGAAUCGUUCCUUAUUCUUUCAAUUUAAUUUUUUUCCUCCACGCAAAAAGGUGCUGUUGAUGCUGUUGAUUCAUCGGUGUCAACAGCUGAGAGCUCAGAGGUGUUGUCUGAGGGAAUUGACUCAACACCUCAAGUAUCGACAAGGAGAUCAGCAUACGAGGGACUUCAGGAUGAGAUAAAUCCUGUUGAGGAGUCGAGAGUUAAUCCUGAACCUCCCGGAAUGACGGGAUCUCAGGAACGUGCUAAUAAGCCACUCGACGAGGCACAUCCUGCACCUUCAGAAAUUGAAAAACCACAGCGAUCUCCUCCGCAACCGGUCGAGCUAGAGGGACAGACUGGACUUUCUGCCACUGAGGCUCCAAUCGCUGGACCGUCAGGGGUAGAAGAGAGUCUAGAUCGUGUCCACUUGAUUGAAGGCAGUGAUGUCCUCAUAAGUUCCCACCGGUUAAGGAAAAUCCUCUAUGAGGUUGCUGACGACCAUACGUCAUCUAUUCGGCGACUACUCAACGAGCUUGUGGGGGUAGAAAAGCUCAAAACAAUGAGAGCAACAGGAAAAGGAGGAUGGACUUAUCUAAUCCCUCCCGAAAUACUCGAUGCAAUCGAGGAUUACGUGGUCUCCCGAACAGAAGGAAAGAUGACCCACAAAAAAUUCAUGCGUGUUGUUACAACCUAUUUAAAUUAUCUUCGACAUUAUUAAAAAAGCAAAAUAAUAAUUAUUUUAGUUUAUUUUCGGACACGGCCACCGCGCCAUUAUUUUGUAGACGAGUUCUAAUA